GCUAACAGCCGAGGCGAGAAGAAGCUCCUCCCAGGUUCCCCAGAUCUCUCCCUCCCCUUCAUCCGGAUCCCCCGAUCUCGCCAUCGACGCCGCCGCUCAUCUCCUCGCCAUCGCCAUCGAGCUGCUGUAUAAUGAUCCGCGCGACUAAACUAUACCCAUCGAAUAUUCAUGAAUUCGCAUACGUGGCAAAGAAUCAGCCGUUCAUUCAAACAACCAAUGAUGGAUGGAAUCGAUGGAUAGCUGGCAAAGCAUUAUCUAAACCUCUGUCCGGGGAAGAAGAUCGCGCGGGAAAUCAAAAAUCCUCUAAAAAUUCGAACUUUUUUAUCCCCAAAUCACUGAGCUUUCAAAAUCUCUACAUCUCUCCCUCCUCCUCGCUCUCAAUCCGCUGGUCUGGGAUCUAGGAUUAGGGUUAGGGUUUGUGAAUUGCUCGAAAUUCUAGGUUUUUCUCUUCGAUUUCACCGAGAAUUGCCGGAGUUAGAGUUUUAUUGGCUGUGGAGGGAUGGUGAGGGCAGUGAAGAGGGAAAGGGAGAACCGAGAGGAGGAAGCGGAGGUUGUGGAAGGAGAGGCGAGGGAGAACCGGCAUGGGACGACGGAGAGGCGGGCUUUGAGAUCGAGGUACCUUGCUGUGAAGAACCUGAUCAGUGAUGAACGGGAUGGGAUUAGUAGCGAGGAUUCUGAGAAGUUUCGGACCAUCAUCUCCGAAGUUGAGAGCUUGCAUCAGCUUGUCCAGAAGCCUAGGGAACAAGUGGCUGAUGCAGAGGCCCUAUUGGACAUUGCAAACACUUUGGUGACAUCAGUGAAGUCCCAAAUUAAUGAUGGACUGACCCCAUCGAAUUUUGUAACUGCUUUAUUGAGAAAUUAUGGACAACAUGGUGGGGAUGCAAGCCUUAACACAAUUUCGUGGGCUGAUGUUGGCCUUUCAAUUUCUGAUGUUCUCAGAAUGGCCCCUGGAUGCUGUACAAUGAUUGGUCCAAUGGACACUGAGAUGAAGCUUAGAAAGGUUUCUGUUCACAGAAAGAAGACAAAACCAACUGAAAGUGCACGUCCUGAAGAGCUGGACAGUUCUGAGAUGGAGGGGAAAACUGAUACCGAUAAGAACAUGUCAACCAUGUUUAAUAUCUUGAGAAAGAAUAAGAUAGCAAGACUCGAGAACCUGGUGCUGAAUAGAUAUUCUUUUGCUCAAACUGUGGAGAACUUCUUUGCACUCUCAUUUCUUGUGAAAGAUGGGAGAGCUCAAAUUUCUGUGAACAACCAAGGGCAUCAUUUAGUAUCACCAAAGAAUGCUCCUGCUGCUACUGCAGUGACAUCAGGGGACGUCUCUUAUCACCACUUUGUUUUAAGAUUUGAUUUCAAAGAUUGGAAGAUGAUGGUGUCCAAUGUUGCAUCAGGGGAGGAGUUGAUGCCUCACAGGAUAAAUCCAGGUGUGCCAGUGCCAGCACCAUCACAAACUGAAGAGCCAUUUCUUGAUGAGCCACAGUCAUCAGCACCACCCACAACACCAAUUAGAAAACUGACCCGAAACCGUGGUUUGGUGAUACAAGAGCAAUCAGUAGUUGAUGAUACACCCGACAAAGGGUCAGCACGGGUAACCCGUAGACGCCUCUGCGUCGGCCGUUGAUUGAAUUUUCAUCCAUAUUAGUUGGUAGAUUUUUUCCCCAGGUGUACAUACUCAUUUUGUGGUGUAGAAUCCUUUAAAAGUUUAUUUAUGUACGCUAAGUAGGUCCUGUCUUUUUUAAAUAUUAUUGCAAUUGUGAUUGCCAACAAACUUUCACAAGAUUAUUGUGACCA